CUUGCUCUUGUAUAGCUAAUAAACGCUCUUCUUAUUCAUUUAGUCGAACCGUCAGUCCCAAAGGAAGCUGCUAUUCACAAUGUCAUUGCAAUUUCUGAUAUGGCUAUUUGUGUUUUUACUGCAAGCGGCGCUAUUGGGCAGGACGAUGUUUGCGCUCAUAUCGCUUUCGGACCUCGAGAACGAUUUCAUCAACCCGUAUGACCUCACGCAACGCCUGAAUCGCUUCGUGGCGCUGGAGUAUGCGGCCCAGGUGGUGCUGGUGGCGGUGCUGCUGCUGGGCGGCAAGUGGUUCCUGGCGGCGCUUCAGGCGGCCAUGCUGGUGUACCUGCUGCACAGCUGGCACGUCAAGCAGCACACGGUGGACGCCACGGACGUGUUUCGGCAGCUGCCGGCGCAGAAGAAGCGCCGGUUGAUCAUGUUCGGCUCGUUCCUCUUGUUCUUCGUGAUCAUCACGUACCGCUUCAUCGAGAGCGUCAUCCACGGCCUCCUCACCGAGGAGGGGCGAGAGCAUGCCAAGAAGCUGUUCCAGGAUGCGGCCUCGUCCGUGCAUGGCUACUGAGGCCUGGCUACAGCGGCCGUGGCAGCAGCAAAUGCGGUAGCAGCCAGCGCAGUGAGGCGGAGGACCUGCCGACAAGGCGUGUGUCGCAGCAAGCGUAAUAGCAAACACACAAACACGGCACAGCAAGGCGUCACGACCUGGCGUGUGUACUGGGCCGAGGCGGUGCUGGGUUUGCUGCCAGACAUGGAUUGGGUACAUGUGGAGGUGUCCGGCUGAGAUGUGGCGGCAGGAGGGAGAGGGUGGGAACAGGAGAGCAGCGUUGCGCACUCAUGAUAACACUGUUAAGAGGACCUGGUUAUUGCACGGAGUGCCCUGUCUGCGUGCUGGGGAUUGUAUCUGCAGUCUGCACAAUAUGCUUACGCGGAGCUGGAGGCUUUAGGCAACCACACAGUGGUACUCAUGAGGCAGGGGAGGCCCUGGCGUAUGUCGUGGUGGGUCGGGCGCGCAUGACCCAAUACUGGGGCAUUUGUGUGGUCUGCACACAUACCAAUACACUGGAGGAGGGGGGUUGAAGCGCCCCCACAUGGGCACCCCUCGGGGCUGCCGCGGCGGGUCUGGCACGCAUGGCGGGGUGCAAUGAGGCUAUCCGGACGAGCCCAGCACAUUGGAAUGGUUGGACCCGCCGCCGCCCGAACGGAAAGAUUGUGCGGCUAGUCCUGGUGUCCGAUGAAGAGCAGCUACAGCACCGGCUGCAGCACCCAGCCCCCGCACGUGUCCGAAUUGCGAGUGUAAUUUGA